AUGAGGCCGUUCCUUGGCCAAGACGCUUCGCCACUGCUCGAAUGCCUGCGCUGGUGGCCUGCGGCCGCCCCGGCGACCCCGCGUCCGCGGGCCAGGCGGCCUGCCACCGGAACCACGGGAUGCCGCUCGACGACAGCUCCCACUGCCGUGGCCGAGAAGGUGAGCCAGGCCGCGUCCGCGUUCGGGUACCACAUCCGCAUCAACCUGCCCCAGGAGUCGGCGACCUCCUCGGCCGUGAUGGCCUCGAAGCUGUCGCAGCCGAUGGGGACGGGGACCUCCCUGCAAGUCAGGGUCCCGCUGUGCUCAUACUGCAAAGUGACCGUGGCCCAGCCGCUGUCGGAGUUCCGCAGGCUCAGGAUGUAUGCCGAGCUGGAGGUGCCCAUGAUCUCGAUGUGCCUCUCGGUGGCCGCUCGCGGCGGAUCUCCAGACUGCAGAAUUCUCUAG